AUCUCCUUCAUCGUCUUCCACCAUAACCACCACCAUGGCUUCCUCUCUCACUUCCUCUCUCUCCUCCACCUUCUCCACCCUCUCUCUCCGCCGCUUCUCUCUCCUCCCCACCCACCAUCACCCCACCUCUCUCUCCCUCUCAAAACCCCUCAAUUUCCCCUCAAUCAAAACCCAAGCAACCGACAUUGACACCACAUUCUUCGACAACGUUGACCCAGAUGAAAUCACCACCUUUGACCCGCCGGAAAAGCCCGACGACUUCGUUGCUCCGCCGUCGUUCGACGAGGGCCCGCAGGAGACUGAAGAACAGAUCGCUAGAGCGUAUGAGGAGCUUUACGGACCCGCGUAUAGUGGUGAAAGUGUGUUGGGGAAUGAUGUUUAUGUGAUGGAUUCGAAGGUUAAGAAGACGAGUGCAUUUGGGAAAGUGAAGAAAGAUAAAGUUAGAGAUGGGUUUGAAGAGAGAGUUGUUCAGGUAAGAAGGGUGACAAAGGUGGUGAAAGGUGGUAAGCAAUUGCAUUUUAGGGCAGUAGUGGUGGUUGGUGACAAGAAAGGGCAAGUUGGUGUCGGAGUGGGUAAAGCUAAAGAGGUGGUUGCCGCCGUUCAGAAAUCUGCCACCAAUGCACGCAGGAAUAUAAUCACUGUUCCUAUGACCAAAUACUUGACCUUUCCUCACAGGUCCGAUGGAGACUAUGGUGCAGCCAAGGUGAUGCUAAGACCAGCAUCUCCAGGUACGGGUGUGAUUGCAGGUGGUGCGGUUAGAAUCGUGUUAGAAAUGGCGGGUGUUGAAAAUGCUUUGGGGAAACAACUCGGAAGCAACAAUGCCCUUAACAAUGCUAGAGCAACUGUCGUGGCGGUUCAACAAAUGAGACAGUUUAGUGAAGUUUCUCGUGAUCGUGGGAUCCCGAUGGAAGAACUCUGGAAAUGAUCAAAACAAAUGUGUAGAAAUAUACAAUUUGUAUUGUUUUUUGUAAAAUGUUAUUAUUCCGAGUUCGGUUUUUUUUUAGCGUCGGAAGUUUCUGUUGUUAUCAAUAACAAUGGUACUGGCUGAUAUCUUUCGAGUUUGCAAUGUUGAAUAUCUUUUCAUGUCGGAGCUUCAUAAAUGGUACUAAAGUAUUUUUUUCUA